AAAUUAGGAAAGCAAUGAAAACGGUUUAGAACUAAAAGGAAAUUUUCGAAAAUAAAAUUAAUUUCUGACCCACAGGCCCAACGGGGUCCUAGUAAUUAUUAUAUUAUAUAGAAAAUAUAAAAAAGAGAAAACUAACCUCAAAAAAAAAAUUGACAAAAAAAUAUUGUUUCUUUGUACAAAGUGAAAAAGAUCCUAAAUAACAAAAAGGAAAAAGUUUUGUUUUUACGAUUUGUUAGUUGUUGCUUGUUGCAAGCAUUUCCGGAUAAGUAAUGCAUUGGCUACGACGUUGGAGAGAAUUUAUUUUUCUGUUCGUGACAACAGGUUGAUAAUAACAAUCAGCAUAUAAUUAUAACACUUGAAAAAACAAGUAUAUCUAAUUUUUGUACAGCAUUUUCUUUUUUAUUUUUAUUUAUAUACAAAAAUAAUUAAGCACAAAAAAAAUGGGUCUUGGAAGUUUUCGCUAUCGUAUUUUAAUCAGCGUUAUUUUGAUAUUUCUUCUCUAUCAAUCGUCGAAAAUUUGGUUUCCAUUCACGGGAUCGAGGAAAGACUCUAAUCAGGUGAAUCAUGGAGACGCACCGGCAGAUUUAAAUUCAAAUGCUCCAGUUGUGCAAACAAUUCUCGUUACAGUUUAUUACGAGGCUUUAUGUCCUGAUUCACGGAGUUUUUUCGUCAAACAAUUGCUUCCAACUUUUGAGAGAAUUUCCGAGAAUAUUCACCUUAAACCAGUACCGUACGGAAAGGCAAAGACAACAAAAACAGAUGAGGGUUUUAGUUUUGAAUGCCAACAUGGACCAAGAGAAUGUGAGGCAAAUAUGAUUCACGCCUGUGCGAUUGAUGUUAUAAAGGAUCAAAAACAACAAUUAGAAUAUUUAACGUGUAUGAUUAAAAAAAAUUACGAACCCCAGGAUAUCAUGAAGAGUUGCGCCAAUAAUAUGGGAAUAAAAUAUCAGCCAAUAAUUGAUUGCUAUUUAUCAAAGGGGGAAAAUUUAUUGGCCGAAUAUGGCGAAAUGACGGAGGCGAAUCGAAAGCGAAUUAGUUUUAUACCUGCAAUUUCGCUCGAUGAGGAUUUCAGUAAUCAACCAGCGAUUCUGAAAAAUUUACUCAAACAAAUAUGUCUUCUUCUAAAAAAACAACCAGACGGUUGUUUUUAAUCUAGAGCACAAAUACUAUAUUCACACUUCCAUUUUUAAACACUGAAAUUUAAAAAAAUAGCAAAUUUUCACCUAUUGAGAAUAGUUUUUAUAUUCUCAAUUAUAAAAUCAUAACGAAUAUUUUCAUUAUAUUAGAAAAUUGAUUAAGACUUUGAAAAUUUCUAAAAGGAAAUUAUUGAAAAUAAAAAGAAAUUAUUGAAAGUGAAAGAAAAUUAUUGACGAGAAUAAAAGAAAUAAAAGA